AUGAGUUUGCUGCAGGCCCAGUUUUCAGCAGAUUUGCCUUGUGAGUUGCAGAGCUGGAGGCAGAUGGCAGAAUACUCACCAGAAAUGAGGCAAUUUGCUUGUAUUCUCCACCUCUACCAUGCUAAGGCCUAUGAUUAUCUACGGAAGAUUUUUCCCCUCCCCCAUCCUUACAGCCUGACAAAUUGGCUGUCUAAUAACGAGGCUGCUGCAGGCUUCAGCAACAACAUUUUUCUCCACCUUCAGGCAAAAGUGGAGAGAGGGGAACAGGCCUACUGCUACUGUGCCCUGAUGGUACAAGACGUGUCCCUGCAGAAGCAGCAGGAGUGGGACCCGCAGAUGCAGCGCCUGACAGGCUUUGUUGACUUGGGAGCAGGCGUCCUUGAUGCUGAUGAAGCUCCGCUGGCCUCAGAAGCAAUAAUCCUCAUGGCAGUCGGCAUCUCAAGUCCCUGGACAGCUCCGCUUGGCUACUUCUUUGUGAACAGCACAACUGGCCACUUACUUGCUCAGCUGCUUCAUCAGGCUAUCAGUAAACUGAACAACAUUGGCAUCACAGUGCUGGCUGUGACGUCAGGUGCCACUGCUCGUGGUGCUGAGACCGCCAGAGCUCUGGGGAUCAGGAUAGAUCCUGAAAGGAUUCAGUGCACUUUCCAACAUCCGCCUGGCUCUGCUCACAGGAUCACAUACUUCUUUGAUGUUUGUCACGCACUCCAGCUGAUAAGGAAUGCUCUGCAGUGCUUCCAGAAGAUCGAGUGGCUCAGUGAUAGCGUGCGGUGGCAGCAUGUGGUGGAGCUGGUGGCCUUGCGGGAGCAGAGGGUGUUACAACCAUGCAGUCCCAAGUCAGGUGGACCUGGGAGUAAGGAGAGUUACCACCUGAAGGUCAACCUUGCUACCCCGUUGUUCAGCGAGGGUGUUGCUGAUGCCCUGGAACAUCUCCAGAAGCUGGGCCUGGCCUCAUUCCAGAACUGUAGCGGUACCGUCAAGUUUGUGCGUUUGAUGAGCCGUCUGUGCGACGUAUUUCAUGGCAGAGGUUCCUAUAGAAGGGGACUGAAGGGGCCUUUUCUAGCUGGAAAUUACACCAAAAUAAGCCACCUCUUUAAUGAGGCCAAGAACUUCUUUGUAACCUUAACAGACUCUAUGGGGAGAUACAUUAUUAAGAGCAAACGCAAACUAGGAUUUCUGAGUUUCUUGCUGAAUGCUGAAAGCCUCAAGUGGCUUUACACCAACUACAUGUGUCCAGAAGGUGUUCCUCCUUCCCUCCACCUCCUGACCUAUGCCUUCAGCCUUGACCCGCUGGAGCUGUUUCUCAGGGCCCUCCAGCAAACCUGCAGCAGCAGCGGGAGCCCCACCUGCGCUGCGUUCCAGGCUGCUUAUCAUAAACUGCUGGCCAGCUGCAACCUGGCACCCAGCUCACCACACAGCAGUGACUCGGGCAUUAUGAGCUCCGUGGACAUAUUCCAGUCUCGUAGGAGAGAUCUGACCCUCGGUAGGAUUCGUGCUCAGUAUAACCCAGCUCGUGGGAGGACUGUGACAGGACAGUACCCCUGUUGUGCAGGCUUUCUUUUGUAUGGGUCUGCACUCGGUAAUGCGCUGACGGACCUAUCGCUGCAUGCACAGUGUGUCACCUGCACUGCAGGCUUCGUUGCUGAGCAAUUAGCCUCUGACUUGCAAUGUGAGACUUGUCUCGCUUCCCUCUUUGAGUCAGAUGAGAGCAAGUUAAGAUGCAGGGAGAUGUUAACAGCAGAAAGGGCCCUUCAGACUGUGACUGGCAGCUCAAACCUUGUCUGCAACAGCCACUCGACGGACCCAUCACUGCUGCUGGCCACCUCCCAGGCUCUUCAUGCCCCCGAGGCAUUUUGA